AUGUGCAAGUCUACUGUGCACCUUUUCUCCGACGGUGUGUUCAUGCUAAUCAAUCUUGCCGUCCAGGUUAGCAAUGAUGCGGUGCUGGAGAGCACAGUUGAUGAAGCUAUUGCAUCGGGGAACCUUGCGGGCAAGAUAUACGUGGAUUGCUCUACAGUACAUCCCAAUACGUCCAUAGCGGUGUGCAGAAAAAUCACUGAAGCAGGAGCUAAGUUUGUGGCUGCCCCUGUCUUCGGUGCAUCGCCUGUAGCUGAGGCCGGUAGGCUGAUCUUUGUAUCUGCCGGCCCCGAGUCUGCUCGAAUGGCCAUCGACCCCUAUUUGAAGGGUGUUAUGGGACGCUCGGUUAUUGAUAUGGGCGAGGAUGUCUCCAAAUCGAGCCUUUUAAAGAUUGCCGGAAAUAUUUGCGUUAUCUCUUUCAUGGAGGCGAUUGUGGAGGCCCACGUCUUCGCUGAGAAGACUGGCCUAGGGCCAGCUAUCCUUGAGCAGAUGCUGGGAGACAAUUUCGGACCAGUUAUCGAAAGCUACUCCAAGAGACUCACAACAGGUGCAUACGCCCCUGCUGUCGACGCAAAGGCUGGAUUCGACGUGGCGCUAGCUAUCAAGGACGCCAAACAUGCAAUCAACUGUGCUACCGAAGCAGGCACUGAUCUCGAGGUCAGCCGUGUGGCACUGAAGAACAUGGAACUUGCAUGCGAACUUCAAAAAGGCAAACCCUUGGAUAGCAGUUCCAUGUAUGGCACAAUCAGGGAGGAUGCGGGGCUAGACUUCUACACAGAUCUGUGCAAGAAACGCGACGGUGUUGCGUAA